UGCGCGGGCAGAUGUGGGGGGAGGCAGGGUAGCUAGGAAACGGUCCUGACGUUGCCCGCAGUGCGGGGGAGAGCAGGGUAGCAACAGGAGGCUGCUGGUGCGGUUCGAGGGCCCCACCAUCAGCUGAUUAUGGGGAGCCAGUCAGGGGCCCGCGGGGGGGAGCGGGCGGGGCCGCAGACGUCACCGCCGCGGCCGACGUCAGCGCCGCUUGCCGCUUGCCGCAGCCGCAGGAUCGCGCUGGUGCAGCUCGGGUGCCGGUCUCUGUGGGAGCCACCCAGACCUCUGCGCUGCUCCUCGAACAUGGCCGACUCGCAGAACCAGGGCUCUACGGAGCCGGGCCAGGCAGCGGACGCGGGCGCGGCACCGGAGGAGGUAAUGGCGGAAGGCGGUGCGCAGGGGGUAGAUUCUGACAGCGCGUCCGGCGACUCCGACGGUGCGGCCGGUCAGACGGCUGAGGAGCCCCAGACCCCUGCAGAGAAUGCACCAAAGCCUAGAAAUGACUUUAUCGAGAGCCUGCCUAACUCGGUGAAAUGCCGAGUCCUGGCCCUCAAAAAGCUGCAGAAGCGAUGCGAUAAGAUAGAAGCCAAAUUUGACAAGGAAUUCCAGGCUCUGGAGAAAAAGUAUAACGACAUCUAUAAGCCCUUACUUGCUAAAAUCCAAGAGCUCACCGGUGAGAUGGAGGGGUGUGCGUGGACCUUAGAGGGUGAUGAGGAGGAGGAGGACGAUGAAGAGUACGAGGAUGAGGAGGAGGGAGAGGAGGAGGACGAGGAGGAAGAAGAGCCUGCAGCAGAGGCUGCGGCGACCGCUGCCGCCGAAGAUGAGGGUCCCCACUCUGCAGCGCCUGAUGACGCCAAGAAAUAAGCGGGCGCAGAGGUGCAGAGGAGAAUGACGGCGCAGAUUUAAAACCCCGAUUACUAUUACUUUGUACACACUGGUGGACUUGAACGGCUCAGGUUUUGGACCAAAGUACAGUAGGAAUCAAUUCUGAAAUUCCUAAAAUACUACGAAAUUGACGCAAUCAGAUUAUGCCCAGCGCGUCUCAAAUUUGAUUUCCAAUUUGAACACAAAUAUACCAACAGGUGUUGAAAAUGAGUUGAAAUGAUUUUUCAUGAUCUCUUCUGUGAGGACUGGAGUUGAGACUUACUAAGGGUGUCAAGUAGAUGUGAAUUAAAGAACGUCACUUUGAAAAUCCUUUCAUCACAGUAUCAUCGCACUAGGCACGGAACACCCGAGAUCGAACGUGUUCUCAAUGCCGAAUUCUUCAAUUUCUUUAGUUUUGCAUUUUUUCAGAGCAGCAGCAGCAGAACUCAAGACAGAUCUCAUCUUUAAGACUUUGUUUUUGUAACGCGGACAUCAGUUUUACACUUCAGAGAAGAGAGAUGGGACGGAGGAAGCCAGUGCCGGAGAUCAUGACAAUACUGUUAAUGAGGCUCAGAAAACUGCCACUUCAGAUUCUAAAGACUGUUCUGAAUAUUUGGUUCCGAGAAGAAGGGUGUAUGACCUGUACAAUAUUGUCAACGUAUGUGUUCAUUAUUUACGGUCUCGUGUUUAUGUGUUUUCUUGGUAAUGUCUAUUUACAAAGGUGUAAAACAAAUCGCAAUUGUUUAAGUAUUAAAUCCCUUUAUCUAGUAUUUUAGAAGUAUUAAUUUACUUGAAAAAAUGUAGAAUCCUAGUAAAUUCUGUAAAGCAUGUGUAUCCAAUGUUAUGUACUUUGAAUUGUGUGAUGUCUUUUUGUCUUGUAGCUUUUAGAAUGUAGCUGUGAAAAUUAUCAGAACUCUUCACUGAAGCUAAUUUUUGGGAAAAAAUAUAUACUUGAAGAACCAAUCCAACUGUGUGUCCCCAUCUGCAGCUCAGAAGUAGAGGGGGUUUAAGUUUGCUUGUGUUAGCUGUGCCUUCAUUAUUUUGCUAUGUAAAUGUGACAUAUUAAUAUAAAAUGGUGCAUAAUCAAAUUUUACCACUUGGGAACAGAUUGGCAUACAGCAAAGGAUUUUUAGGAAGACACAUUUAAUGUCAAGACUCUUAGCUUCUUUGUGGGUUUUGAACUGUGUGAUCUAUAAAGAAAUUUAAGCAUAAAGUUGUUUACCACUGUGGUGUUAAUAAAACAGUAUUUUCAAAAAACAAAA